AUGGAAAUUAAUGCAAAAGCUGAUCAGCACUCAGCCACCAUGCCCCUACUACUCCCGUCAAACGACAACGUUUCGCAGUCUGUUAAAUCAAGACGCAUUUCCAAAUUAUCCGUCUUCCAACCCAUUAUUCUAUUAUCACCUACAUUAUUAAUAUUUGGGACCUUGGCAUUGCUGUGCAUUUUCAUGUCCUUAUUGUCCCAAGUUCAUCCAAAAGCCCCAAAUGUCCAACUAAACUCGCUCUUCAUGUCCAAAUUUAACAUCUCCAACACAACACUGGGGGCUAAUUGGGACAUGACCCUUACAAUAGACAACCCCAACCUGGUCACAUGGGUUCGUUUCAACCACAUCAAGGGUUCAAUUUCGUACAAAGAUAACAUCCUCGCGAUAAGCUCCGUCGAGCCAUUCAUGUUGGGAUUGAAGGAACGAAGAACGGUGCGGGUGAAGAUAUCGACAAUGGGGUUGGGAGAAGAGGGUCGUGAUCAUCAGCUGGUGGUGAAGAACAGGGUUUUGGAUGAAAUGAUGAGCAGGAGACGUGAGAAUGGAGCUGUGCAUUUUAGCAUGCAAAUGUUUGUUUGGGCUACGUAUAGGACUGGUUGGUGGGGGACACAAGAUGUUGUGAUAAGCCCUCAGUGUAUGGAUUUGAAGGUUGGGUUCUCGCGUGGAAUUGGGUUCGGGAGUUGGAUUAGUGGAGGGCCUAUGAUAUGCUCGGUUCCUAUAUUAAUUAAUUGA